CUGUGCUGAGCUGUGUUUUCCCCCCACAUCACAUUUCUCUGCGGCAGCACAGUGAAACAUGUCCGCAGACAUGCCGCCGGGCAGCAUGAACCUGGAGUCCCAGCUCCUGUCCGUCAUGGACGUGCUGGUGAAGGCGGCGGUGGUGGAGAUCAGUCAGCUGUUCUCGGAGGGCUCGUCGUCUCUCCGCCUGCAUCUCACCCAGAGCCUGAAGGAAAACGAAGCCCUGAGGAUGAGGAUGAAGGUGAUGAGGAGCGAGCUGUUCUCCCUCAGGCUGCAGACCAGGAACAACCGGCCGGUCAGCCGCUUCUCCCCGAUCAGAGGGAGCAUCCCCAAACCACGGGCCAAAACACAAGUUGUCAUUAAGCCACCAUUAACUCCAAAGACUGUUGUGGAAGCGGCUUCUAUCUCUCUACAAUCAGAGAACAAGACUUCCUCCUCUGAAACUGAAGUGGAGUGUGCAGAUUUGGAGAGCCCAGAUAUCAUCCUGAUCAAAGAUGAAGACGACGUGGGAGGAUGUGGGCCAGUUGUAGGUCAGGACGACUUUGGAAACCACAGUACGCAGGGUUGUGUUUCUACAGGGACUCAGAAUGAGUCCUGCCUGACAGGUGAUAACAAGGAGCUGAGAAUCGUGAGUGUUCACGGACGAGGGGAAGGGCCGCUACAGGAGGAGAGCGACUCCCUCUUCACUGCCUCUGAACUCCAGGCUUUUACCUCUCUGUCUCCUGACCACAACGUCCCCCACGACGGCCUCCUGAACUUCACAAGCGGUGCUAAUGACAGAGCCCCACCGAGAGGGAUGCCGAAUAACAGAAACAGCCAACUGGAGCGAAAUCAGUCCACCCAAAUGGCUUCAACAACAUUGAAUCCUGCAAUUAAAACACAAAUAGUAGGAGCUGAUGGUCAGGUGGGACACCCGAGUCAUGUCAACCAGUUUGCCCAGCAGCAGAACAUCUUCCCUCAUAGUGGCAACAAAUCUCUGGACUGCGGCUUCUGCGGCGAGCGCUUCCUCAGCCGUGAAGACCUGAUUGUGCACAGGGUAAGUCACACCGGGGAGCCGCCCGUCCUUUGCAACUUUUGCGGCAAGUCGUUCGUGAACAAGACCACGCUGAGCAUCCACAUGCGCAUUCACACUGGGGAGAAGCCCUACGCGUGUACGCAAUGUGGGAAACGCUUCACGCAGAACGGCAGCCUGAAGAUCCACCUGCGGACUCACUCUGGAGAGAAGCCAUACACCUGCAAUCAGUGCACCGCCAGCUUCAACAACCCCAGCAACCUGCGCAGGCACAUGAUCACACACAACACCAAUGGAGUGUUCUGACCGUGAAUGAAGCAAACAUAUGAAAAACUAACACGGAGUUUUACAUUUUUUUAGCAUGUUAAUUUUACUGACUCUUGUGUGCCACAGUGUGUAUUUGGAUAAUAUGUAUUUCCUGUGUGUUUGUGUAGUUGUCAGGUACCUGUCAUGGGUCAAAUGUGCUUGAUGAACUACAAGUACACCAGAUGUAUAUCUUGACCACUUCUCAAUAAUAUCAGUGGAGUCUUGCGUUUCAACAUGAGGGCACAAACAUGCCUGAUCUCUGUUCAAUAUGAAGAGGCUUUUUAAUAAUUAACUUUCAAAACUAAAAUGCCUUCAUCUUUUUUAAAGUAUCUUUAAAGCAGAUAAAAUGUAUGCCUUAUAUAUUAUUCAAGGAAAAUAAACAGGAAAUUCAUUUAAUUUGAAUUAGAUAAAUGCUCAAAACAUUGACAUGCCCACAUUGGCCUGAUGCAGAUAUUAUAUAUAUAUAUAUAUAGCUCACAUUUUGUAACUAGUCUGGCAAAAUCCAGUAAUGAUUUGGUUCAUAAAUUUCUACUGAUAUAUAUUGUCAAAGCGCCCAACCUUUGGUACACAAAAAAAAGAUACAAGUAUGCUAAGGUUAAGUGAUUUAUACUGUUUUUUAAAGUUUGAAAGACACAGUUGACAAGAAAAAUCCCAGAUACACUGUCUACAUUUCUGAAUUUGUUUUAUCAAUCUGAACAUUGUAAUUUAUUAGGUAUUCAGCGUUUACUGAAUAGUAAGCUGCCUUUUAAGGGGAGAACCAUUUACCUGUUUCAUUUCAUUUAUUUGUGUAAGUGUGUGUUUCAUUUAAAAAGCAAACUACCUCCACUGUUGUCUCUGUUGCAGCUCUCUUAUACUAUUUUUGUACUUCUCAUAUAGUUUCAGACUGAUUGCAAUAAUCAAUUUAGUGUGGAUUUUGUUUGUGGAUUUGUAAUCUGGAUAUGCAAUUAAUAAUAAAUACAGAUUUUUUUUUUAACAGC